CACUUUCAAAACUUCUAUUUCCAGCAACUCCUAUGCCUGGAAGUAGAAAAGCUCCCAUUGCUCGAACACAUCACCAUCUCCUCUUCCCACCUUCCUCGCAUGUACGUGUGGAAACCACUCCACUGAUCCUAAAUUAAAUCAUGGAGCGUGCAAAUUCCUCGCCUCGAUGGAGGUUGUGAGAGAAUUAGCUGAGAACUGUUCAUAUACUACGCAAGCAAAGUGAGCUUUUCUUCUCUCUUUUUCCUGAGAUCAGACCGAAUCAGUACGCGAAGAAAGGAGAAGCGAAGCUCCAUUUUCUUCAAAUACCCAAAAAAUCUUAACCUAACGUUAUUACAGUCAGUCUGUCGCAUAGAGAUGGGUUAAAAUUGUAUGAGAAAAAGUAAGCUGAAAGAUUCGAAGCGAUAGAGGGGAAUGGAAGGAGAGACGAAGUAAAUGGUUUUUUGGAGAGAAAAAAUUGUCACUUUCUGAUCUAAUGUUCAGCACCCUCCAAAAACUCAGUGCCAAAUCCACAGAAACCGUGAUCCUCGCUGACCCAUUUCCCCAAACUCCCUCUGGACUCAAAUUCUGCCACACCACAUCACCGAAUCCUUGUUUUGACUCCCCCCCAUUAUCACUGCCCAGCUGAGAAAAGAAAACCCAGAACCGACGACGACAACAAGAAGCGCAUCACCAUGGGAGCUGAGAAGAAAUGGCUCUUCACGCUGUUUAUUGCGGCAUUACUGUCUCUUCUCCUUCUAUUGUUGCUCACGUCCCUCUCCUCCUUUAGCUCCCCAAAGCCCUUCCCUCCGGUCGUACAUCACGGUGCGCCCUACCCCCCUGCCUUCGCGUACUACAUCUCCGGAGGCCGCGGCGACGGGAACCGGAUUCUCCGCCUCCUGCUCGCCGUAUACCACCCGCGCAACCGCUACCUUUUGCACCUCGCGGUGGAGGCCUCCGACGAGGAGAGGCGCCGGUUAGUCGCGGCUGUCAGUGCCGUGCCAGCGAUUCAUGCUUUCGAAAAUGUGGACGUGGUCGGCAAGCCCGAUCGCCUUACAUACAUGGGCUCCUCAAAUGUGGCAACCACGCUGCACGCCGCGGCGAUACUGUUAAGAAUGGAUGUUGGGUGGAAUUGGUUUAUUACUUUGAGCGCAAUGGAUUACCCACUUCUGACUCAGGACGACCUGUCACAUGUGUUUUCUUCUAUCAGUAGAGACAUCAAUUUCAUUGAUCACACCAGUGACCUUGGAUGGAAAGAAUCUCAAAGGUUUGGCCCUAUUGUAGUCGACCCAGCUUUGUACUUGGCCAGGAGGAGUCAAAUUUUUCAUGCUACACAGAAGCGGCAAACACCUGAUGCUUUCAAAGUAUUUACAGGUUCUCCAUGGGUCAUCUUGAGCCGAUCUUUUCUGGAAUUUUGUGUACUUGGUUGGGAUAAUUUACCCCGAACACUUCUCAUGUAUUUUACUAAUGUAGUCUUGUCCCAAGAAGGAUACUUUCACUCUGCCAUUUGCAAUUCACCAGACUUUAUGAACACGACUGUGAACAGUGAUUUGAGAUUUAUGAUCUGGGAUAAUCCUCCAAAGAUGGAACCCCUCUUUCUCAAUAGCUCUGAUUUUGAACAAAUGGUCCAAAGUGGAGCCGCUUUUGCAAGACAAUUCCAGAAGGAUGACCCUGUGCUGAACAUGGUUGAUGCUAAGAUUCUCAGGCGUGGGCAUAAUCGAGCUGCCCCAGGGGCAUGGUGCUCUGGGCGGAGGAGCUGGUUGAUGGAUCCUUGCUCCCAGUGGGGUGAUGUCAAUGUCUUGAAGCCUGGGCCUCUAGCAAAGAAGUUUGAAGAGUCCAUCACAAAUAUACUUGACGACUUGAAUUCACAGAAAAAUCAAUGCAAAUGAAUCUGCUCGUGUUAAAUGGAGAUAUUUUGAUAUGAGGUGCAAUUCAUUCGCAUCUGAAUUUGUGACCGGUUAGAAAGACUGGCAUCAGUUGAGAUUGAUUCUUUAGACACAGCCUAAUUUGUUGGGAGUUCUGGGCAGAGGCAUCACUAGUGUUUAUUACCGGGUAUAGUUGAAGGCAAGCAAGUGAAUUCACUUUGGAGGGAGGGGGGGCUAGAAUUUAUUAUAGAGCUACCAAGUCUUUCAAGCAAUAAGUGGAUAUCCCACUUUGUGCUGCUAAUUACGGUUGUAUGUUCUACCUAUUAUCAUAUUGUAAUAGGCACCCUUUUGAAUGCUGACAGGAAAGUUCAUUGCUUC